UGGUUUUCUGGUUUGGUGUACGACGAACGUUGUUGUUUGGGUUCCACUUUCUGCCCAAGAACGUCAAAUUUUUACUUCAGCUACUUCUCGGCUAUCUGCACUGUCUCCCGCAUAUUCUUCCUCGCACUUUGAACAUCCUCUCUAGACAUCAUGUUCAAAUCUCUGUUCGAGGCCGCGCAGAACUCAACGUUCAAGUCGCCAUUCACCAGCGCUAACUGCCAGGCUGCAACGCCCGCCCCCACAACUCCCCUCCUGCCCUCCGCUGUUGGUGAUGGAGCAUCUCGUCAGUUGACCCCGAAUCACAAUUUCGCUGCCGCUGCAGUUGCCCAGGGUGAUUCCUGCGAGUUUGGCUCCAAUCACUACUUUGUGCUAUGUGGCUUGGGUGGUAUUAUCUCCUGUGGUACUACGCACACCAUGGUGGUGCCUCUGGAUUUGGUCAAGUGCCGUCUGCAGGUGGAUCCCGCCAAGUACAAGAGUGUGGUGAAUGGCUUCCGCGUCAGUUUGGCCGAGGAGGGUGUCAGGGGUCUGGCCAAGGGCUGGGCGCCCACUUUUAUCGGCUACUCCAUGCAGGGUCUGUGCAAAUUCGGUCUCUAUGAAGUCUUCAAAGUCAUGUACACCGAUUUCAUUGGCGAGGAGAACGCCUUCCUUUAUAGAACCGGUCUCUAUCUGGCCGCUUCGGCCUCGGCCGAAUUCUUUGCCGACAUUGCGCUGGCGCCCAUGGAGGCGGCCAAGGUCAAGAUUCAGACAACUCCCGGAUUUGCUAAAACACUGCGUGAGGCGUUGCCCAAGAUGACCGCACAGGAGGGCAUUUCCGCCUUCUACAAGGGUCUUGUGCCCCUUUGGAUGCGACAGAUUCCAUACACCAUGAUGAAGUUUGCCUGCUUCGAGCGCACACUGGAGCUGCUGUACAAGUAUGUGGUGCCCAAGCCACGUGCCGAUUGCAGCAAGGGUGAACAACUGAUUGUCACCUUUGCCGCCGGUUACAUUGCUGGUGUCUUCUGUGCCAUUGUUUCCCAUCCCGCUGAUACCGUCGUAUCCAAGCUGAACCAGGCCAAGGGCGCCAGCGCCCUUGAUGUUGCCAAACAAUUGGGCUGGGCUGGCCUGUGGGGAGGUCUGAUGCCUAGGAUUGUCAUGAUUGGCACACUGACUGCUGCCCAAUGGUUCAUCUACGAUGCCGUGAAGGUCUUCCUGCGCAUGCCACGCCCACCACCACCAGAGAUGCCCGAGUCUCUGAAGAAGAAGUUGGGCGUGACUGGUGCGCAGUAAUCAGGAGCAUAGAAGUUAACCGGUUUAAAUUUAGUCCAAACAGAAUAUUGAACGAAUUAACACAAAUUGUAUAGAAAACAAGAUAAAUAAAAACACAUUAAUAUAAAAAACA